GUGGAGGUUGGGCCAGGGCGGUGGCCGUGGAGGGAGAUGCGAGGAGAUUCUGCAGAGUCGGGCAACAGAGCCGACGGGGUUUCCUGCUGCGUCGCCUGUAGCUGUGAGCACAAGUGGGGAGUGAAGGACCAGGUCAGGGCUUCCUUGCCUGAACAUCUGAGAGAACGGAGGUGGGGAAGCGAGCCCAGCGGGCAGGUUUCGGGGAGAUCAUGAGUUCGGUUUGGACAUGUUGAUGCUGAGAUAUCUGAGGGUGGAGACAUGACGUGGGUCCGUAGAAGUGAGGGUCUGGAGGACGGGGAAGGGAGCUGGGCUGGAGCUGUCCAAGGUGUGAAGGGUGUGCACUGCUCCAGAGCCUGGCCUCAGGACCCGACCAAGGAGGCGGUCUUAAGGUCGUUAUUACUGGUGGGCUCUGCAGUGAGCGUCAGGAGGGCUGAGGCGUGGAGUGCCCCGGGGGAUUCAGCAUCCCUGAUGCUCCCUCCCUAAAGGAGCGUACCUGAUGUAGAAGGUAUUCUGACCUGGGUCUAGAAAAGAAUGCCUGGAUGUGGUAAGUUUGUUGGCCUGGGUGGAGACGGAGGUAGAGACUCUCAGUCCUGCAGGUCAGGUGAUCCUGGGAGACAGUCCCUGUGGGACAAAGAAAUAGCCAGAUUUGUGGAGCGGUUGGGUCCCAGAUGAGGGCACUGCUCUCUCACCACCUCCACCCUUGGGGGCAAGAGGAAGACAGGAGUGCUCCAGUCAAGGGGUCCUGCCAACGCCCUGCAGGGGGCCACGCAGCAGGUAGGCUUGUUUGCUGAAAGGAAGAGUAGCUGAGCUGCCCGCUCAGACUCUCCCUACAACUCAUUAAAUUCGGAACGUAUGAAACAUUUAUUGAGACAUCAGCUAACCAACAUUUAUGUAAAUAUGUACACAUGGAAACUAGAAAUGCAUGCAUUCGAUAAAUGAAGAGCAACAACACUUUAUGAAAAUUGCAAAGUUAAUUUAUCUGUGGUAUUUGCUAACAACAGAACGUUGUAUAACACAUCUUUUGAAAAUCGUAAGCAGAAAUAACACUAAUCCAAAUUUUAUGAACCCUGUCCUUUAUUUGCAAUGGAAACAUACAGGCUUGUUAACUCUGUGGGUAGUUAGUGUGCAUCAGUUCUGUUCAAUACUGUUAUCAGCUCUGUGAGGUGGGGGCCAGGAAUUGAGGCUCGGGACGUUCAUUCCUCCUACAGAACCACAUCGCUGGUAAGAGCAGCACUGAUGUCAGAGGGGCUGAGAGCUUAAGUUAUCAGGCUGGGAGCACUUUGCUCCAGGGCAGGGCAGGGGUAGCGGGGGUCCAGUUCAGUCUGUUGGUUGCCUACCAUGGUUGCCCCUUUCUCAUGGCCUCCCUCUUCCCACAGGUUCCCGUGGCAUUUGCAGAAAUGCUUAUGGAUCCUGUACAGGUGCAUGGAGGAUGUGACAGUUGGAGGACACCCCAGUUGUCCCCCUGAUGGUUUUGCCACUCCCGUGUAAAGAAUGAUGGUGUCCUGAGAUUGCUCACCUGUUCUCCCUCCCUUGGGUCUAAAGUCCCUGUGGUCUCAUCAAAGCCCAGGGUCUUGAACUCAUCCCUGGAUUCUAUGGAGCAUUGCCCAUUUGUGACAACCAAUGGGGGGUUUGUGGUUUUUACAGACGUGGCCGUGCGCUUCUCCCAGGAGGAGUGGGGGCUCCUCGAUGAGGCUCAGAGACGCCUGUACCACAGUGUGAUGCUGGAGACCUUUGCACUUUUGUCAUCACUAGGUUGCUGGCAUGGAGCUCAGGACGAGGAGGCCCCUUCAGGGCAUAGUGUUUCUGUAGGAGCAUCACAGGUCAGGACUCCAAAGCCAGGCCCGUCCGUCCGGGAGGCCCAGCCCUGUGAGACGUGUAGCUCACUCUUGAAAGACCUUUUGCGCUUGGCUGAACAGGACGGUAUACACCCCGAGCAAGGCCUGUACGCCUGUGGGGGAGAGUGUUGCCAGCACCAAAAGCAUCAGAUUAGAGCGGAACUUUCCAGGAGUGAUGAGGGGAGGUCUUCAUUUGUGAAGAACUGCAGAGGUCACAUGGCAGAGACGACCUUUACGUGCAGUGAAGAUGGGAAGGACUUCCCAGCCAGCUCAGGCCUUCUCCAACAGCAGGUUCCUCAGCUUGUAGGACGGCCACACUGGGGCACAGCUGGUGGAGAGGACUUUCAAAAUGAACAGAAUUAUUAUAAAUGUACUCAGUGUGGGAAAAUCUUCAGUCAUAAACAUAUACUUGUUGACCAUGAGGAAAUCCACACUGGAGAAAAGCGUCAUGAGUACAGAGAGUGUGGGAAAGCCUUCCUUAGAAAGUCCCACCUCCAUCAGCACCAGAAAGGCCACGAUGAAGGUCAGUUUUAUGAGAACCCAAAAUGUGGAGGAUGUCUUACACGGAUACCUGGCCUUGGUGACCACCAGGGUAUUCACGCCAGGCCGAGGCCUUUUGAGUGCAGCCAGUGUGGGAAGGCUUUCCUUAGACUGUCCCAACUUGUUGGUCACCAGAAAAUCCACACAGGAGAGAGGCCUUAUGGUUGCAGUGAAUGUGGAAAAUUUUUUAGGAAUCGCUCUACGCUCAUUAGACAUCAGAGAGUUCACACUGGAGAGAGGCCAUAUGAGUGCCUUGAAUGUGGGAAAGCCUUUACCCGCAAACAUAAACUUGUUGAGCAUCAGAAAAUCCACAGCGGUGAAAAGCCUUAUGAAUGCAGAGAAUGUGGGAAAGCCUUCAGCCGCAAAGACAAAGUUGUUGAGCACCAGAAAAUCCACACCGGAGAGCGGCCUUAUAAGUGCAGUGAAUGUGGGAAAGCUUUCAGCCGCAAACAUAAACUUGUUGAGCACCAGAAAAUCCACACUGGAAUAAGGGCUUAUGAGUGCAGAGAAUGUGGCAAAUUCUUUAUGGACAGCUCCUCGCUCAUUAUUCAUCAGAGAGUCCACACUGGAGAGAGGCCUUAUGAGUGUGGCAAAUGUGGGAAGUUCUUUAGGUACCGCUUCACACUCAUUAGACACCAGAGAACUCACACUAGAGAAAGGCCUGAUGAGUGCAGCAACGUAGGAAAUCCUUUAGUUGCAACUCCAAACUCAUUAGACGUCAGACAAGUCACAGCAGAGAAAGGCCUUAUUAGUGCAGCUAACGUGGGAAAUUUUUGUGUUACAACUUCGGUCUCAUUACACAACAGAGAGUUCAAACUGGUGUGAGUCCUUAUGAGAACUGCGAAUGUGGGGACAUCUCUACCUACAUCUCUGGCCUUGUUAAACAUUGGCAGAUUUCCAACAAUGGAGAAAUGCCUUAUGAGUGCAAUGAAUGCGGGAGAAUCUGUUAAUUUGAUUUAUGUCAUUAUAUACUAAUUUGCAUUUCUUUAAUUUUUAUGUUCUUGGAAUCCUGCAGUAUACUGUUAUGUGACUGCUUUUCCUUACAUUUUUACAUAAAAGGAAUCCCAAAGUAUAUCCUUGUGUGGCUGUUUAGAGAUUUAUCCCUAUUGCAUUCAUUCCUCUUUAUUGCUGAGUCAUAUUCCAUUGGGCGUAUGUGCCACAGUGUGUUUAUCUAUUAAUGGACAUGUAGGUUGCUUCCAGUGUUUCCAAUUACCAAAAGAACUGUGAACAUUCAUAUAUAAGUGAAUACCUGAGAGUGGAGUGUUGAUCAUUGAUGAAUGUUUAACUUUUUAAGAAUUGGCCAAACUGAUUUCCAAUAUGAGAUUGCAAGCGGGGGAGGGGCAGAGAGAGAGAGGGAGAGAGAAUCCCAAGCAGGCUCCAGACUGUCAGUGCAGAGCCAGACAUGGGACCCAAUCUCACAAAACGUGAGAUCGUGACCUGAGUCAAACGAAAUCAAGAGUUGGACACUUUAACAGACUAAGCCACCCAGGUGCCCCUAUAGUUAUUUCGAGUUGAAAUCCUCAUUAACUUCUAUGACUCUACUGUUGUCCUUUUUAUUUUUGAAUAAAAUUUAUAUGCAU